CACAAAAGCGCUACACGUGAGUCGGAGUUUAAGAGGAGACGGCCGGUGGAUUUGACCGCGUCGCUGUGAGUCGCUGAUGAUCUUCAUACCAUAACUGACUGAUCCCGCAUUACAAUGAAGCAUCCAGACCCAAAAACAGAUGAAGCGAGCAUCUUCCUGGAAGUGUCUUGGGACAACGGAGCUGCCAGUCUUCCGCUCCACUCGUCCAUCACCCUCUUUCUGCUGUCCUACACAGAGUGCACGUCCUUCCAUGUCUACCUGGUCUCUGAUCAUCCUGAGAGCUUACAGGCUCUGUCAAACAUGGUCCCAAAGAGCCUGGAUGUGUCUGAGGUGAAGAGAGGAGAAGUGCCGGCCCUGGUUGGAGCAUGCCGUCUCCCUGCCGUGCUGGACGCUGGUGGGGGCUUCUGCAGAGCAGGCCUAGCGGUGGUGCUAAGGCAUAUCAUCCAGAGAACCUGCCAGGUCCAGCCCGGCCGCACAGAUGUGGCUUCACUGCUGGGCUUCAAGAACACCUGCCUGAAGGCUUGUGCUGAGGUAAGCCAGUGGACCAGGCUGUGUGAGCUGGGCAUCCCUUCUGCAGUAGAGGAGCAUUUGCGUAGUCCCACAGAGAAGCACCUCCAGCUGCCUGCUGCCAUCUUCCACCUGGAGCAGCGGCUGGGAGAGCCCGUCAGGGUCCACAACGAUGACAAGAUCCGCCGGCAGAAACUCCAGCAGCAGAGAAACAAAAGCUCUCCUCAAUCUGAGGAUCCCAACCCAGGCAAAAGAGAGAAAACCUUCCCCUCAGAGCCUGAGCCACAGGGUCCCGGUGCAGAGGCCCUAUCAGCAGAGCCCUAUGGAGGAGUCGAGCUGAGUGCUGCCCUUGCCAAACUCAGUGUAGAUGCAGCUCCCCUGUCAUCCGCCAGGGAGCGCUCCGACAUCAGGAAAGUGAAGACCACGGAGCUGCCGGCGCUGGAGCAUGUCUUUGCAGAGGGGCUUUACUUCACCCUCACUGAUGUGGUUCUGCUGCCCUGCAUCAAUCAAUACCUGUCCUCUCUGCAGCAGCAUGCUCCUCAUGCUCUGACCUUCCUCCCUCUGCUCCUGCGCUGGUACAAGCGGGUGCAGGAGCUCCCUGGGGUCUGCCGUGCUGCUGAGGAUUGUGGGAUAGCUCUGUUCAGCCCUGAGGUGUCUGGGUCCUGCUCCCACCAACCCAAAUCUCCCCAGACCUGUGAAGCGGAGCAGGAAAAGUCCAGAGCCUCGCAAGAGCAUUUUGUAGGAGGCCCUAGACCAACCCUUACCAAACUCCAGGAAAAUGGCAUUGAGGCCAUCUUCUCCCCGCACCCCUGCCCUUCAUGGACCCUCCACUGGGAGAGCCUCCCUGCCGCUGUCAACCCCACUGAAGGCAAGAUGUCAGACACUCGCGCUAUGCGCAAGCGACAGCAGCUGAACAACCUGAUCGCCAUGGUGACAGAGCUAGCCCACCCAGGCCACACAAUAGUGGACUUCUGCAGUGGCGGUGGCCACGUUGGGAUUGUUUUGGCGCACACACUUCCUGAGUGUCAGGUCAUCCUUAUUGAAAACAAAGAAGAGUCUCUGGUGAGAGCGAAAGAUAGAAGUUCACAACUGGGGCUUAAAAACAUUGGCUUCAUCCAGGCCAACCUCGACUACUUCACAGGAGCUUUCCAAAUAGGGGUGGCUCUGCAUGCAUGUGGCGUGGCAACGGACAUGGUGCUGGAUCGCUGUGUGCAGGCCAGGGCAGGAUUUGUGAUCAGUCCAUGCUGCUACGGCUUUAUCCAGAACACACUCAAGUUCAGCUUCCCCAGGAGUAAGAAAUUUGCAGAGACGUUGACGUAUAAGGAGCACAUGAUCUUGUGCAGGUUUGCUGACCAGACAGCUGUCCAGCUUCCUCCUGAGCGGCGCUUAAUUGGGAAACGCUGUAUGGGCCUGGUGGACCUGGACCGGGGCUGGGCUGCAGAGACUCAUGGGUACUCUGUGCGGGUGAUGACCAUGGAGCCAGAAAGCUGCUCUCCGAAGAACAACAUGCUAGUCGGGGUCCCUGCUGAUAAUGACAAAAUUCAGCUUUAAAACAGGGCUUAGACUGUAGCCUUGAGGUACUCCACAUGACCAAGAACCUUCAGGGAUGAUCUGAUAGAUUAUGAGGAUUCACUGUCUGUUUGUUGCAUCAAGAGAUGUUGGUGAAAGUUCAGUCGCUUGCAUUUUUAAGAAAAGUUUUCACUGUCUUUUUUUUUGUUGUUGUUUUUUCCUGGAUAUUUUUCUAAGGAUGGCUCCUAUAUAUUUGCGGUCAAGACCCCUUUCAUAUGAACUUCAUAUCUAUGAAUUUCAUGAAUUUUAAGUAGAUAUUUUAAUGUAUAUCUUGACCCAUGGUUCAGAGCUGUGGAUGCUUUGCUUGCUUUAUGUUUAUCUGCUGAAGCAAAACCUCCAGCUUAGAAUAAGUAUGUUCAGAUGCUGCAAUAAAUUAGGCAUCGCUUCAGAUGCUGUUUUCAAAUUAAGCCUAUUGGAUUCUGUAAUGCCAUCCAGCAUAUUCCUCUCUGUCAUUAUCUCCCAUUAUGAGCGAAACAAAAGAAAGUGUCUCGAAAGAGCCUGUCUCAUCGCAGUUAUUACUGAUGUAAAAUUAUUCAUUAUAAUCUGCUGUUCUCCCUUUCAAGAAAGCUGGGUUGCAUUCUUUAAUUUCAGUCUGCAGAGGUAUUUGAUUAAAACCAUUGGGAAUGAACAUCGGGAGACAUUUAUCAUGCCCUCCGCAUGGCGGCCUUGGGGAUGGAAGAGGAUUAUUUCGGAAGCGGCCCAUCGUGCGCGUGUCUAAUGCGUCCAUGGUCAUGAAUAUUUGAUGAAUGCCUGGAUGAUGUAAAGGUCACCGCGCUCUGCUGGACCAGAGUGUGCAGCGACCUGGCUCUGGACUCUAACGCGCUAUGAUAUAUGGACUCUCUCAGUCCGCUCUGCUUUUAUUUACUCUCCUCUUCCUUCUCGGGGCUGGAUUGUUAUUGAAGAUGCACUCCAACCCUCCGAUUUGCCCAGCCCGUAACAGCCGUGGUGUCACAUUGGAGACAGAGAGGGAAAACUGCUCGUCCAAUGUGGGGGGAAGCGGCUAGCCCGCUACACACGCACACAGCAGCCUUGCAAAGCUCAUCUGAAUUCAGCUAGCGAAGUCAAUCUACCCAAGACUGUGAAUGGCUUGAGACACGGCGGUACCUUCCAACGAGCUGGAAUCAUUUCAGUGGGAACAUGUGCAUGACAGAAAUACAUAUGGCGAAGAAUAGGGAAACGGCCAAGCUGUGCUUGCUUUAAGAAGGGAAUUACUGGCUUCUGACGAGUAGAGGAAGGCAGUCACUCUCUCUUCUGCACUCUCCGACUCGUAAAAUUAAGAAUACGUGGGAUUUAUGCAGCUCAAUGAGAGUGCCUAGUCCUCAUUGUUCUCCAUCUGUGUGUGUUUAUAUGAAGUUCUUUCUACAGAAUAGCCUUAGAGAUGUACUCAGUGGCAGUUAGGUUGUGGCUAUUAGUUCUAGGCCCUCAGUUUGGACCAUAAACAUCAAAACUCAAU